AUGGCGGAUACACAGGAAUUUGAAGAUGGCUACGAGUACGAUGAGGAGUACAACGACGAGGAGGAAGAUGGUGGUAUUACGGCCGAGGACUGCUGGAUGGUUAUAUCCUCAUUCUUCGAGUCCAAGGGCUUGGUUUCGCAGCAAGUAGACUCGUUCGACGAGUUUGUUUCUACGACCAUGCAGGAAUUGGUAGAAGAGAACUCCCAACUCACCCUCGACCAAAAUAACCCGCCAUCCUCCGACGACAACCCGAUCGCCCUUCGCAGAUAUGAGAUCAAGUUUGGCACCGUUCUGUUGUCGCGACCAGCAAUGACUGAAGGUGACGGAAGCACAUCAGUCAUGCUGCCGCAAGAAGCUCGGUUGCGAAAUCUUACCUACUCCAGUCCGCUAUACCUCGAGAUGACGAAGAAAGUUUCCGUCGCAGUCGAGCGCCCUGUCCCUCUCAACGAACUCGAUGAUGAACAGGAGACAGAGAUGGCGACCACGGGUGUCCAUCCAACACGUUUGGUAUGGGAAGAUGAGGACGGUGGCGCGCUGGAUGGAGACAAGACGGAGAGAGCCCCAGAUCGAGUGUUCAUCGGAAAGCUUCCUAUCAUGCUCAAGUCCAAGUACUGCAUUUUGAAGGAUCUUGAUGAAGAUGAACUCUAUGGCUGGAAUGAGUGCCCUUACGAUCAGGGAGGUUACUUUAUUAUCAACGGAUCAGAGAAGGUUUUGAUUGCCCAAGAGCGCAGUGCUGCCAACAUUGUCCAGGUCUUCAAGAAGUCGCUCCCGAGUCCGACCCCGUACAUCGCAGAAAUCCGAAGUGCCCUCGAGAAAGGCUCGCGGCUCAUUUCUUCAAUGGCCAUCAAGCUCUUCGCCAAAGGUGACGGUAACAGAGGAGGAUUCGGUCAGACGAUCAAAUCCACAUUGCCAUAUAUCAAGAGCGACAUUCCUAUUGCAGUAGUAUUCCGCGCUCUAGGAGUCGUUUCUGACGAAGACAUUUUAAAUCAUAUUUGCUACGAUCGCAACGAUACUCAGAUGUUGGAGAUGUUGAAGCCAUGUAUCGAAGAGGCUUUCGUCAUUCAGGACCGUGAGGUUGCCUUGGAUUUCAUUGGUAAGCGUGGUCAACAGCAGAACCUUACUCGCGACAAGCGUAUCAAAUAUGCCCGCGAUAUCAUGCAGAAGGAGCUGUUACCACAUAUAUCGCAGCAAGAGGGUAGUGAGACCCGGAAAGCUUUCUUCUUGGGAUAUAUGGUUCACAAGAUGUUGCAGUGUGCUCUUGGACGUCGAGAAACGGAUGAUCGAGAUCAUUUUGGAAAGAAGCGCUUGGAUCUCGCAGGGCCUCUCCUCGCAAAGCUCUUCCGUUCAUUGUUCCGCAGACUGACCACCGACGUUUACAAAUAUCUUCAGCGCUGCGUCGAGAAUAACCGAGAGUUCAAUCUCACACUCGGUGUUAAAGCCACCACUCUCACCAACGGUCUUAAGUAUUCUUUAGCGACCGGUAAUUGGGGAGAUCAGAAAAAAGCCGCCAGUUCCACUGCUGGUGUCUCUCAGGUGCUCAAUCGCUAUACAUUCUCUUCGACGUUGUCUCAUCUUCGUCGUACGAAUACCCCCAUCGGUCGUGAUGGUAAAAUUGCAAAGCCUCGUCAACUGCACAAUACCCAUUGGGGUUUAGUCUGUCCAGCUGAGACUCCUGAAGGACAGGCAUGUGGUCUGGUUAAGAACUUAGCCCUUAUGUGCUAUGUCACAGUUGGAACCCCUAGCGAUCCUAUUAUCGAGUUCAUGAUUCAACGGAAUAUGGAGGUUUUGGAAGAGUACGAACCUCUGCGCUCACCAAAUGCUACCAAGGUCUUCGUCAACGGUGUCUGGGUUGGAGUGCAUCGAGAUCCUAGCCAUCUUGUCAAGACAGUGCAGCAUUUGAGACGAUCGCAUUUGAUUUCUCACGAAGUCUCCCUGAUUCGUGACAUCCGAGACAGAGAGUUCAAGAUUUUUACAGACGCGGGCAGAGUUUGCAGACCUCUCUUCGUCGUGGACAACGACGUUGAUAGUGCCAAUAAAGGCAGUCUGGUUCUGAAUAAGGAUCACAUCCGAAGACUAGAAGAUGAUCAAGCUCUUCCUGCCAAUCUGGAUCCACAAACCAAGGAGGACCACUACUUUGGUUUCCAGGGAUUGAUAAAUGAGGGUGUGGUAGAGUAUGUUGAUGCGGAAGAAGAGGAGACGAUCAUGAUUGUCAUGACUCCCGAAGACUUAGAUAUCUCCCGUCAGCUUCAGGCUGGAUACAAGGUGCAGCCCGACAACAGUGGAGACUUGAACAAGCGUGUCAAGGCUCCUGUCAAUCCUACAGCGCAUAUGUGGACUCACUGCGAGAUUCAUCCAAGUAUGAUUCUGGGAAUUUGCGCAAGCAUUAUUCCCUUCCCGGAUCACAAUCAAUCUCCUCGUAACACCUACCAGUCUGCAAUGGGUAAGCAAGCUAUGGGAGUGUUCCUCACGAACUUCGACGUAAGAAUGGACACCAUGGCAAAUAUUCUCUACUAUCCGCAGAAGCCCUUGGCAACAACUCGAUCCAUGGAAUUCCUCAAAUUCAGAGAGCUGCCUGCUGGUCAAAAUGCAAUUGUCGCUAUCGCUUGUUACUCCGGUUACAACCAAGAAGAUUCCGUCAUCAUGAACCAGAGCAGCAUCGACCGAGGUCUUUUCCGAAGUUUAUUCUACCGUGCCUACACCGACCAGGAAAAGCGAAUUGGUAUGAACACUAUCGAGGCAUUUGAGAAGCCGUUCAGAAAUGAUACUAUGAAGCUCAAGCAUGGUACCUAUGACAAGCUUGACGAUGACGGACUGGUUGCUCCAGGUGUUCGCGUUUCCGGAGAGGACAUCAUCAUCGGAAAGACCGCUCCAAUGGCCCCAGAUAACGAAGAGCUUGGAUUGCGCACCAAGGCACAUACCAAGCGUGAUGCAUCUACGCCGCUACGAAGUACUGAGAACGGUAUCGUGGAUCAGGUCUUGCUCACUACCAACGCUGAGGGUCUUAAAUUCGUGAAGGUUCGCAUGAGGACUACGAAGAUUCCUCAGAUUGGUGAUAAAUUUGCUUCUCGUCACGGACAGAAGGGUACCAUUGGUAUCACCUACCGCAAUGAGGAUAUGCCUUUCACCUGCCAGGGAAUUGUGCCGGAUCUUAUCAUCAACCCCCACGCCAUUCCUUCCCGUAUGACGAUUGCACAUUUGAUCGAGUGUCAAUUGAGCAAGGUUUCAACUCUUCGUGGUCUUGAGGGUGAUGCGACCCCUUUCACCGAGGUCACUGUUGAUUCCGUCUCUAAACUACUCCGAGCUCAUGGUUACCACUCUCGUGGCUUCGAGAUCAUGUACCAUGGCCAUACUGGACGCAAGAUGAUGGCUCAAGUCUUCCUUGGCCCAACCUACUAUCAGCGUCUGCGUCAUAUGGUCGAUGACAAGAUCCAUGCCCGAGCCAGAGGUCCAGUCCAGAUUUUGACCAGACAACCGGUAGAAGGUCGUGCCAGAGAUGGUGGUCUACGUUUCGGAGAGAUGGAGCGUGAUUGCAUGAUCUCGCACGGUGCCGCGUCCUUCUUGAAGGAGAGAUUGUUUGAGGUAUCGGAUGCCUUCAGAGUCCAUGUGUGUGACAUCUGUGGACUCAUGACACCGAUUGCCAAACUUGCAACUCAAAACUUUGAGUGCCGACCUUGCAAGAACAAGACCAAGAUCUCGCAGAUUCAUAUUCCAUAUGCUGCGAAGCUGCUUUUCCAAGAACUUGCGUCGAUGAACAUUGCAGCUCGCUUAUUUACCACGAGAUCUGGAAUCACAGUCCGAUAA